AUGUCCAUAUCGGUUUUCCAACGACAGAACUGUGGAUGGGUAAUUAUGGGGCCCCGACUUUGGUCCCCUGCCCACGGGCCCCAAGAGCAGAAGCAGAAGCAAAAGCAGAAGCGCGGCUGCGUAGCAUACCUGCUGCGGUGUAACCUCCCGGCAAACGCCGCCCGCCUCACCUCAACCCGAAGACAUCUGCUCGGUCUCCUUCCUUUCUUCCUCACCCAUGAUCUAGGCAUACUCAGAGCCAGUAUUUUCCCAUUGCCCCUGUUGGCGCACCGUUUUUAUCGCUCACAAACCCCGGUCAAAGCCUCGACAAGAAAGUGGACUCCCCCUUCCCGUUCUCACUACACAAUUCUUUCUCUUCUUUUGCUCCAGGAUAUUUCUCUCUCGCCCCUCUUUCUGCGGCCGGUUGCUACAGCCCUCUUCAUGGUUCCCCCAUUCUUCCUGUCCUGUCUCGUGAUCGGCCGAGGGAUCUGCGGGCACAUAUCAGCCGAAUCGGGGUUUGUUCUCGCCUCUUUGAACAAUAAUACAGAAGCUGUUCAGAUUCAACAACCUGCUAACCCGUGGUUUUUGUCAGCCAGAUACCACCACCCAGGCAUAAUGCCGCGCCUGACCACCCGCUUGUCGCAAGCUCUCUCCGAGUCACCUUACAAACCACCACUACCUACCUCCUCCUUCCCCCUCCCGACACACCACGACACACCACGGAGCAAGGCAAUGCGCAUCGAGUCGCCGAGCAGAGUCAGACGCCGCCAGCCGCCGGAAGCCGACCUCCAUCGUCAUCUCCGCCAAGAUCCGGCCGACCGCGCCUAUGGCCGACGAGAACAAUUCCCUCCGCUUGCACAGGAAAAGCAACAGGCGAUCGAGUCACCGAUAGAGGGGGGCUUUGAAGUACAUUAUUCAUCUUUCUUUAUUGUCUUUGGGGAAUCAUCUAACCCCGGCCGAGGGCCUUCGUCUUGGCCCUUUGUACAAAACCGGAAUACAACCAAAACACCAAUGGGGGUUAUACAACACACGUCAUCCGAGGAUGAGGAGUAG